CCGCCUGUCUCGGCCUCCUCCUCCUCGCCGCACGCCAGCCUAGCCGGCUCUUUGGCUUUUUCGAAGGUGGCGCAGAGGAGGUGGCCGAUCCGGCGCCGCCCGCUGCUCACGCCGAUCCGCUGACGGCGCGAUUCUCUCGAGCAAAUCCCGACACGCUGCUGAGGAGGCGGGACGGCGUCGAGCCGCCGACUCCGCGCAGCACCGAUACGAGCGGCGCCUUGUCUUUGACCAAGUGGGUGUGGGUCUUGUGGCAGGUGGGGUGGGUGUACGGCAAGGAGGACGCCGACGCAAGCCUCGCUGAAGCCGAGUCCGCCUUCGAGAAGGCCGAGACGCACCUCGAGACGGCCGGCGCGUCUCUCGGAGCACAGGCGCUGGGCCCGUUUGCCUCUCGAUCCGCGACGACGCGCGACGCACUCGAAAAGGCACUGCUUCUCGAUGGACUCGACGGCCGCGGUGUCUUUCCCGGAACGGCUGGUGGGGCGGAGUGAGUGGGCAAGGCGGACGCAGCGGCAGGGCGGCAGGCCGGGCAGCUACAGCGGCUAUGUCAACGUCACUCCCACCGACUGGCUCUUUUACUGGUACUUUCGCGCCGACAACACCGGCUCGCGCACGCCCAAGCCGCUGCUCGUCUGGUCCAACGGCGGGCCAGGCUGCUCGGCGAUGGAGGGCGCGACGACAGAGAUCAGCCCGCUGCGGCUGUUCGACAUCAAGCGCGGCUGGGCGAGUGCGACGGGGCAGCUGUCGGACAACGCGUUCGCGUGGAGCGCACACGCGAGUUUGCUCUUCGUCGACCAGCCCAGGUACGUCGGCUACUCGUUCGGCUCUGGCCCGCACGUCACAAGCUCUGCGCAGGCCGGCCAAGACAUGGUGGCGUUUCUGAUCGGCUGGCUCCGCCUCUUCCCAGAGCACGCGCAGGCCGACGUCAUCCUCGCGUCGGAGAGCUACGGCGGGCACUACGUCCCCGCAUGGUCGGACGCCAUUCUGGCGCACAACGACGGCGCGGCGGCAGAGGAGCGGAUCCGGCUCCGCGGCUUGCUGAUCGGGAACGGCAAGAUCAACCAGCGCUUCGCCAGCAACGACAACUUCGAGGCCUUCCUCUCGCAGGCCCACCUGCUGCCGCCCGGGCGGGCGGCGUCGCAGCGCGCGCCGUGGGAGAACGAGUACAGCUGGCGUGUGCGGUCUCAGCUGCUGGGCGAGGCGGCGCAGUACCUCGGUUACACGCCAAACGGUUACGACUACCGCGUGCGCGCGCUGGCGUGCCCCGCCUGCGUGCAGUACAACUAUACCGCGUGGAGCAGCUGGUUCCUGACGGACGAGGUGAGGCGGGCGCUUCACGUCUGUGGAGACGCGGGCCGCGGUGCCUUCGCCGGCUCUGCGGCGGGCUGCAUCCGCAUGCCGGGCUUCAGCGACGACUCAGUCGGCGACGGCCACUCGGAGGCGCUCGGCCGCAGCCUGGACCGAGGCGUCAAGGUGGCGCUGCUGUACGGCAAGCAGGACUCGGUCUGCGACUUUGUGCAGGGCCUCGCCACCGCGGAUCACUUGCCGUGGUCGGGCGCCGCCACAUUCCGAUCCGCAACGAUGGCGCCGCUGCGGCUGCUCGGCGCGGAGAUUGGGCAGUGGAAGGCGAGCGGCGGGCUGUCCUGGUACCAGAUCGACGGCGCGGGCCACAUGGUGCCGCUCGACGCGCCUGCGGCGGCGCUGGGUGUGCUGGAGCGGCUGGUCGUCUCUCCGCUUGUCGGGGGCGACGCCACCUUCCUGCUCCUCUACCGCGAGCUCUACUUCCGCCACCUCUACUCGCGCCUGACGCCGACCCUGCAGCAGCGGAUCGACUCGUGGGCGAACUACGAGGCGCUCUUCUCGCUGCUGCUCGACGGAGACGCGCCGGCAGAUCUGGCGCUCCCUAACCAGUGGAUCUGGGACCUGGUCGACGAGCUCAUCUACCAGUUCCAGGCGUGCAGCGUGGAGCAUGUUCCGCCAGCGGCUCAAGAGAUCGCCAUCCUCAAGCAGCGGACCGACGUCUGGAGCGUGACCUCCGUGCUCGGCAUGCUCGCGCCGGAGGGCGGGGCGGGGAGCAUGCUGCACCGGAUGGCGGAGCGGGCGAAGGAGCCGCGCUUCGCCUCGGUGCCGCUGUACGAGAUCGGCGGCUACUUCGCGACGGUGGGGCUGCUUCGGGUGCAGUGCUUGCUGGCGGACUACACGCUCGCGCUCAAGACGGUCACCUCGUGCCACAUCUCCGUCUUCUACUACGUCGCGUUCGCCUACCUCAUGAGCCGCCGGUACGUCGACGCGAUCCGCACGCUCUCGCAGAUCCUCUUCUACAUCGGCCCGCGCCAAGCAGGACCGCAGCCCGCAGCUGCGUACCGGCUGCAGCUCAAGCUCUUCCUGGCCGAGGUGAAGCAGCAGGCGAUGCUGCCCACCGUCCGCUCUCUCCUCAAGCUCUACACCACCAUCGGCAUCCCAAAGCUCGCGGAGCUGCUCGACGAGGCGGAGAGCGGCGGCGACGCUGAGGGCGCCUUCCGGGAGCAGCUGCAGUGUCUCAAGCACAAGACGCACGCGCUAGCGCACGUGGCGGACAGUUCCCUCACGCGCCGCCACUCGGACUACUUUGUCCGCCAGAUCGGGAAGCUCGACGAGAUCAUUGCGAACAUCAAGGCGCCGGCGCCGUGA